GAAACAAAGUUUGCGACCAUCAGCGAGCUGCAACAAAAAGAAAAAUCUAACUCCUCGCCUUUCCCUGUACAAAAAAAAAAAACUCCUUGCCUUUCAUCGCCGUCGCCGGCAAAAUUCGUCGGAAAUUAUGAAGCUGAAGCAGUUGGAAGGCCUCCUCGGUGGUCUUGACCAGUUCCCAAACCCCAAGGUGGAGCUUGAACAGUACCCAACGGGACCCCAUAUAGCUUCUCGAAUGCUCUUCACGGCAGAAAAUUCUUUUGAGGACAUAAGUAACAAAGUAGUGGCUGACUUCGGAUGUGGUUGCGGUACGUUAGGUGUUGCAGCUGCUCUUUUGAGUGCAGAACAUGUUCUCAGCAUUGACAUUGAUCCAAAAUCUCUUGAAAUAGCAUCUCUUAAUGCUGAGGAACUUGAGGUGGAUAUGGAUUUUAUUCAGUCUAAUGUCAUGGACUUGAGGUGGAGAGGCCAAAUUGUUGAUACAGUUAUCAUGAAUCCUCCUUUUGGAACUCGGAAAAAGGGCGCAGAUUUGGACUUUCUCAAUGUUGCUUUGAAGGUUGCUUCUCAAGCUGUUUAUUCAUUGCAUAAGAGUUCCACAAGAGAGCAUGUGAAACGAACAGCUUUAAGAGAUUUCAACGCUAGCAAUGCCGAAGUUCUAUGUGAGCUUCGAUAUGAUCUGCCGAAGCUAUACAAAUUUCAUAAGAAGAAAGAGGUAGACAUUGCCGUUGACCUCUGGCGUUUUGUACCAGGAAAGCAUCAAAGCUAAAAGGCAUUUGGCACAGACAAGUAUGAUUAAAGGAGAAACUUUGUUGUUGUUGUUUUUUUAUUUUAUUUUCUCAGUUUAAAAUGCUCUUGCACAUUAAGUAAUGAUUCCUUUAUACUUGUGCGUAUAUGUGAAUUCAAUAGUUGAGGAAGGAUCCUCUUGUCAUGAAAUCAAAUGACUUUAUGAAUCUAUAAAGUGUGGGGAUUUCUUAUUGAAAA